UCUUCCCCAGGCACCUGUACGUCAAUUAAAGCCCAGAAGAAAACAUCAUAUGGCAAUUUCUCCCCUGGGACUUUUCUGGAUCAGGAAGUGUUGUCAGCCAGGGACGCUGCAGAGUACUGGAUAAACGUCCCAUGGAAAGAAAAACACACUCCAACCUUGGCUACCUUGCAACAAUAAGGUAAGGUCAAAACUAGAGCUGGGCGAUAUAUAUCAGCAUAUUGUAAAAAAACGGUUUGAAGUCCAUAUCGCGAUAUCGGUUUCAUAAUUUUUGACCUGGCAAUAUAUCGUGCAUCGUGUGUGUGCUAUGCAAAAAUCACAAUGUGGGAAAAACAUUGUCAGCCAGCUAAUGCCUCUAUAUAGCUCCCUCCUUAUUACAGAUGUCGUGAUAUAUCAGUAUAUUGCGAUGUUUAAAGGGUAAGGGUAAAGGGACCCCUGACCAUUAGGUCUAGUCGCGGCUGACUCUGGGGUUGCGGCGCUCAUCUCGCUUUACUGGCCAAGGGAGCCGGUGUACAGCUUCUGGGUCAUGUGGCCAACAUGACUAAGCCGCUUCUGGCGAACCAGAGCAGCGCAUGGAAACACCGUUUACCUUCCCGCCAGAGCGGUACCUAUUUAUCUACUUGCACUUUGAGGUGCUUUCGAACUGCUAGGUGGGCAGGAGCAGGGCCCAAACAACGGGAGCUCACCCCAUCGCGGGGAUUCGAACCGCCAACAACCUUCUGAUUGGCAAGUCCUAGGCUCUGUGGUUUAACCCACAGCGCCACCCGUGUCCCCUAUUGCGAUGUUUAGCUGGUGAUAUAUGACAAUGUUGAAAGCCAGAUAUUGCCCAGCCCUGAUCAAAAUCCUACACUGAUCAAAAUGCUAAAGAAAUUCUCAAGUGUCUGAAGAGCAAGGUAGUAAAAUGGAAACCUCUUUUGCAGAGGAAGAUUUUUGUAAAGCACUGAUGAUAAUAAUAAUAAUACUGUAUUGGCCCGAAUAUAAGUUGCCCCCCCCCCCCAAUUCUGACCGUGAAAAGUUAAAGUGUGGCUUACAUUUGCAACCUUACAAAAAUGGACUUUUAUGAUAACGCUGCUGAAACAGACAAUUACAUACGGUAAAACAGAAAAACAAAACAAAAAAGUUUUAUUGCCGAUUUGCGAGCUUGAGGCUGUUAUGCAAUAAAUUCUAAUGUCAUUCAUCGCUUUCCCUGUAUUUUACAGUGCAGUAUUGAUUUUUUUAUUUGCAUUUACACUGCUACGAACAGGUGUUUAACCCACUUGCAGGUCCUCUAUAGUACCUGUAGGAUUUUCUUCUCCAUUUGUCAUUUACCGGUGUGCCUGUGGAAUUGUAGCAACUGAAUAGUAAUUUGAGAUUUUAGCAAUUGUACGGUAACUUUCCCGGGGUUGCGAGAUCAAAGGCUUAAAUUGGCUUGGAGUUACAAUUCUACCAACUGCAGCAAUUUUCAGCCUGUAACCCAAUUUUAAGGCUGAUACAUCUGGGUAUUGACUUUUUUCUUCCCCACCCUUGAAUUUUAAAGGUGUGGCUUACAUUUGGGCCAAUACGGUGAUGAUAAUGAUGAUGAUGAUAAUAAUAGUUUUGUUAUUGUUCUUUAUUAUUUAAUGUACAGUGGUGCCUCGCAAGACGAAAUUAAUCCGUUCUGCGAGUUUCUUCGUCUUGCGGUUUUUUCGUCUUGCGAAGCACGGCUAUUAGCGGCUUAGCAGCUAUUAACGGCUUAGCGGCUUUUAACGGCUUAGCGGCUUUAAGAAAAAGGAAACAAACUCACAAGAACUCGCAAGACGUUUCGUCUUGCGAAGCAAGCCCAUAGGGAAAUUCGUCUUGCAGAACGACUAAAAAAACGGAAAACUCUUUCGUCUAGCGAGUUUUUCGUCUUGCGAGGCAUUCGUCUUGCGGGGCACCACUGUACUACCCGGUCCUUUAACUUAAGGUCCAAGUGUUAAGUUGUGGGUGAACAUAUCAGACGACACAACGAUUCUUCAAACAGCUCUUGUUUAUUCACAGGCCAGAACAGAACUGAACUGAAGGGUUCAGUCAGCCUGCUUAUAUAGAGCUCCAGUACAACGUAACUGUAACAGUUUUCUAAAACUAUCCAAUCACUGAACGUCACUUUCGAUCCCUUAUUUGCAUAACUAUCUACAGUAUCCCCCUGCUGGCCCUCGGUGAGAACUUCAGUACAUAACACCAAGGGUGGGUUACAACAUUAAAACACAAUGUCACAACACAAUAUUAAAAACAGUUUGAAACAACUUACAGCUGUCCCAUUGAUCCUGCACCCCUCCGCUGAGGAAUUCACAGGCGAGUUCAUGAAGGGCUAUUCCAUUCUCAGAAUUCUGUUGGGGUGGUUUAGGGAGAGAAAGAGAGAGCUGCUGGGUGAAAAUUUCAAGGUCUUUUGAACUAAGGCUACAGCACACCUGCACACACUGGCAGUGGCUGGACCUGUGAGAACCAUUUAAAAUAUACAAGGGGAGCAGACAGCUUUGAAAGGCACCAUUAGUGCACAUUUUAAUAAUUAUCCACUCAAUCAACAAAGCAACAUAGUAAAGUCGGUCAUUAUAAUUCCUAUUUACGAGGGGAAACUGGAGCAAGGCAGUAAUGUGUUACUUCAGGUCACCAAUGACCACAACAGGGGUAUCAUCCCAGGUCCGAAAGACGCUCUGAUGUGCUGCAAUGAAGUUAUUGUUGAGAAACUCUCGACUCUGAAUCCGACUUUAAUGUAAACCGAUUUACAAAAUACUUUACCUCUCUCCUUCACCACUUGCUUGGUUUCUAGAUGUGCUUAGAUGCUGCUUCAGUGUCACAAUGGAUCUGACACGCCCCCCCCCUUUUGUUGCAUGGACCUGUCAACCGUUUGUUCCUGUAGCAGCAAGCAGCACUGGAAACCAGUUUGAAGGAAGGAAAGGUGGCGGCGACUCUCCCUUCGUGGUCCAUGCUACAUGUUCGGUAUCUGAAAGCGUAAGAAAGACCACUUUCAGGUGAAAGUAAGUACAGCCAAAUUUAGCCACACACUUCAGCCACUGCCCUCUAGACUUCUGUCUCAGCAGACGUCCUUCACAGAUCUGCCGAGACUUUUUUUCCUGGAGAGCUAAACUGUCCUUUUACCUAAUCUCAUACAUACAGCACAAGUAACGUGAGCUGUAGCCCAUCUAUGACUCAGUUGUAGUAUUUAACUGAAUCAAGGCUGAGGGUUUAUUCACACUUUGCCAGACUCUUUCUAGGCAGAAGUCCACAUUUUAACACUCCGUGACUCAGCAUUGUUGUUGUUUUUCACCUCAGCUUUCCAUGCUUAAAACCUGCUCUUUAAAGCUGAUUCGGAGCAAACGUCAAUUCAGAUGUUUGUGGGGAAAGCCCCGGAUCAAAAUUAAGGGUGCUGGGACACUUUAAUCGCCUUGAUAGAAUUGUAGAACUGGAUGGGACCCAAGGGUCAUCUAGUCCAACCCCCUGCAAUGCAGGGAUCUUGGCUACAGCAUCCAUGACAGAUAGCCACCCAACCUCUGCUUAAAAACCUCCAAGGAAGGAGAGUCCACCAGCUUCCGAGGGAGACCGUUCCACUGUCAAACAGCUCUUACUGUCAGAAAGUUUUCCCGUAUGUUUAGCUGGAAUCUGCUUUCUUGUAACUUGAAGCCAUUGCUUUGAGUCCUGUCCUCCAAAGCAGGAGAAAACAAGCUUGCUUCCUCUUCCAUGGGACAGCCCUUGGGAUAUGUGAAGAGGGCUCUUGUAUCUCCUGUCAGUCUCCUCUUUACCAGGCUAAACAUACCCAGCUCCUUCAACCCUUCCUCAUAAGGCCAAAAAUAAAUACAUAAGGUUCCUCUGUUAAGUUGUGGGUGAACAUAUCAGACGACACAGAGAUUCUUCAAACAGCUCUUGUUUAUUCAUAGGCCAGGACAGAACUGAACUGAAGGGUUCAGCCAGCCUGCUUAUAUAGAGCUCCACUACAAUGUAACUGUAACAAUUUUCUAAAACUAUCCAAUCACUGAACGUCACUUUCGAUCCCUUAUUUGCAUAACUAUCUACAGUAUCCCCCUGCUGGCCCUCGGUGAGAACUUCAGUACAUAACAUCCUCCAUCACCUGUGCUGGGUGAUUCCAAGGCCAGUGCUAUUUUUAUAGGAAAAGGGGUGCCGGAACCCACUGGAGAGGUGCCAGAACAGAGUUCUUGUGUGUUUCCCAUUUAAAAAGCCCUUCCAAUGACUUCCCAGUUCUUUGUCCACCCAUUGGCAGCCAGUCACUUCUAGGAAGUUACCGUAUUUUUCGCUCUAUAAGAUGCACCGGACCACAAGAGGCACCUAGUUUUUGGAGGAGGAAAACAAGAGAAAAAUAUAUUCUGAAUCUCAGAAGCCAGAACAGCAAGAGGGAUCGCUGCGCAGGGAAAGCAGCAAUCCCUCUUGCUGUUCUGGCUUCUGGGAUAGCUACGCAGCCUGCAUUCGCUCCAUAAGAUGCACACACAUUUCCCCUUACUUUUUAGGAGGGGAAAAGUGAGUCUUACAGAGCAAAAAAUAUGGUAACAAGCUUGGCAAGAUGAUAAUUGUAUGCAGGCCCUCAAUAUCGGGCACUCAAGAGCACAAAAGGAUUUCUGGAUGAGCCCUCAGGAGUUACAGUUCCCAGCAACCCUUACCAAACUACAGUGCCCAGAAUCCUUUGAGGGAAAGAACUUGCUUCCAAUGUGCUUUAAAGAUAUUGUGUGCACCCAGCCUAUGCCGGACCUUUAUUGAGUAUUCCUUCCAAUUUGUUUACUGGGUGGUUUUAUAACAACAGCCUACAUUCAUCCCAAUUUGCUUGUAGGGUGUUGACACACCUUGCUGUUUAUCAUCAGUUCAUCCCCAUCACUUUCCUGCAAAGCUACAAAAAGUCCCUCUGUAUUUUUUUUAAAAAGUGGAUUUAUUGCACUACGGCAACAGAGUGCUUUAAUCCACUUUUAAUUGCGAACGUUCCGGUAUGAGCUUGCUUCCCUCCUGCGAAAUACUGACGGCCUGGAGGGCCCGCAGGAAGAAAGCUCAACAUACAGGUCAGCUGUCUGAACAAUGCUGCCUAGACUCCUGAACUGGUGUCCAUUGGGGAUAUUUUCCAUAAGGCUUUUAGCUCUGCCAUCUCAAUUUCAAUAUGGAGCUAUUGAAGAUAGGGCUGCCAUAUGUCCAGCUCUUCCGGGACACGUCUGGGAUUCGGCCAGCAAAAUGGCGUCCGGGCGGAUUUCUGCUGAAUCAGCAAAAUGUCCGGGGAAACCUGGACGUGUGGCAAGUUGGGCUAAUUUUAAAAAUCAAUAAUAAUAAUAAUCAAAGAAAAGCCCCAUAACAAGCAGCUUCAUCAUACGUGCACACUGUGACAAACAAGAUACGUAGCUGUGUAUUUAAGUGCAUGGCUGGUUUGGCCCGCAAAUGAUCAAGCAAUGAUGUUGGGAGGAAAAGUUACACAAAGAGAAGAGGCUGAUUAGUAGUAACUGCUUAGGUGAUGUCAGAGUUGACUUCAAACUUUGCAAGAGCUUAUAUAAAGGCCCUUCUUCCCCAAAGUGACUUUAUAAACUCCCCUGACACAAAAGAUCAAUAAGGAUUAAAACAAACAAACAAACAAGGAAUUCACAAAGUGAAAACAUAGUUUGGAUAUGCUAUGGUCUCUGUAUUGACUUGAAAACAACUUUGUUUCAUUGCUUAAUUUCAUGUAAUUUAUCGUCUUAAAAAUGAAUGCAUUGUCUUUUGAUUCCCCAUCUGUUGUUUCUGAAGCGCCAGUGGUAGAUUUUUGUACUCCUUUCAAAUAAAUACUGUUUCUGAACUGCUAAGGAAAUUGUUUGACUUGUCUCUCUUUGUUUCAUGCAGUAAUCCAGCCCUUCAGUUGUUCUUUUGAACCAAUGCAUGUACCGGUAGCUGCUGGAUGGUAAAAAUGGAUUACAUCCCGCCACGGGUCAAACUGAGCGAUGACACCUUUAUCUUCAUAGACGGCAAGUGGGUGAACGAAACCUAUAUUCAGUCAGCACUCUCUUCCGCCACAGAAGCCCGACAGAAGCACUCAGGCAAGAAGAUGCACAAUGACUGGACCCUUUGGGAAGAAAACAAAGCCCUUUGGGAGGAAAACAAAGCCCUGCGAGUGGAAAACAGGGCUCUCCGGGAUGAGAACAAGGCCCUGCAGUCCCUUCGGAUGGAGAACAAGGGCAUCCAGGUUAUUUAUGACGAGAGUCUCCAGCAAGUCCUCCAGAAAGAAAACCACCCUUUAGCAGCCCUUCCGAUCAUAGCGGGGCUCAAGGAUGGUAUGGGGGAGAAAGCCCUUCAGGUUUUUAGAGAUGAGAAGAAAGCCCUCCAGAUCUUCCGGGAAAAGAAUAUGGCUCUGAAGGUCUUCCCGGACGAGAAGAAACCCGCUCCAUUCCUGCAGGAAAAGCAACCUGCUCAGUCAUCAGCAAAUGAAUUUACCCCAGCCCAGGAAACCAGUAAAAUUGUAGGCCAGGAAGCCAGCAACACGACUGCACCGGCCGAAGCAGCUGAAGCUGUCCAGGAAAGCCAAGGGGAGAGGAGAGUUUUGUCAGUUCAAGAAAGAAACAAAGCCUUAUUGCCAUUGAAGGAGAACGAGGCACUUGAAGUUGUCCAGAAACUGAACGAAACUGUUCUGUGGCUCCUAAGAGAGAACCAUGCACUACUGGAAGAAAAACAGGACCUCCAGACCAUCCAAGGAGGGAACAAAAUGCUUUGGGAGGAGAACAAAAAAUUGAAGCUCCAGCAAAAAGCCAUCAAAGUUGCGAUCAGUAAGAUCAUUGCUCAGAUGGAUCUUCUGCACGAGGAGCUCCACUCCUUUGACCCCAUGGAGGAGUCUGAGACUGGAAUGAAGAAUCCCGAAAGUGCUUGAAAGUUGAGUUAGCUGCAGGGAGAGAUGUUAGGGUGCAUAGCAGGCAGUUCACAUUUGUAAAAUUAUCUCUCUCCUGCGUCAUAAACCUGAAUAAAGUUCUGUUGUGGAUUCAGGAAAGCAGUGAUGAGCUUCUAAAAAUGUUUUAAAUGUUGCGAUAGGAAUUUUGAGGUCUUAGUUAUAUGUUAAAUGUUCAUAAGUGUACAAACCAAGCACGUACAUAGAUCAGCACAGGAAGACCGACCUGGAACCAUUUUUGAUUCCCAAACUGACCAAAUGUUUUCCCUGCAAGGAGGGGGGGGGUCAGGGAGCCUUCCCAUUGUCUCAGGAAUUGAGUAACCAGCAUUUUGAUGUGUGACAGACUAUCAGGAAAUGCAAUCAGAUAAUGGGUGACAGAGUAUCAGGAAAGGCAAUCAGAUAACCUGGCAAACAGGAAAAACAACAUUCAAAUUUCUGUUUUAGACCGCCUUUUCUGUGAUGUAGGUAUGAUGUAUCUGGGGGUGGUCUUAGGUUACACCCCUUCUGUGAUGUAUGUAUGAUGUUUCUGGGGGUGGUCUUGAUCUACAGGGUGGCAAUUUCAAAAGUCCAUAUAAGGCCUUGCGUGCCAUUGUUCUGGGUUCCUCCUCCCUCCUUCGUGUGGUGAGUGAGGACCCUGUUGCAACAGAUCAAUAAAG